CUUCCAUGCCACCCACACCCCCACCCAAUCUCGCAGCGAGUGCGCAUGCGCAUUCAACAGCUCGCUCGCCCCACUCCACCAGCUCCAACAUCUCCCACUCACCAACCACUCACCGCGGCCGCCGCUCAGCAAUCUAAAUGUACGACCCGCUGGCCAUUCGCUCGCCUGGCGCCAGGCUGCCUCAUUUCGGUGCUGCUCCAAAGGUCGAGAGGCAGAGGAUGUGGAGCUGUUGCGCCUCAUCCAAAAGCGAGCUCUCACCCAUCCACACUGCGCCAUGCCACGGCUUAUCUCUGCGCGCAGCCCAUCUCCCUCUCCUCUGGCUACACCCACACUCUGACUCACACCCACAACCCCCCCAUCGAGGUCACGUGGUCUCAGGGUUCGCGCAUCGUCGCUCAUCUGGCUCAACACUCGUGACUACGCACCGCUGGUGGAGCAGUUGGAGGAGUCGAAUCGCUUGGUGCAUGGCCAUCUACUCCCAACCGCCCAUCCACGCCUUUUUUCCAUCACUUUGCCCUUUGGGCUCUCGGCGUCGGCGUCCCUCUUUCUCGAUCAAAACCUCGACCUCGACCUCGACCUCGACCUCGACGCCGACGCAUCCCUUCGACAUCAACUCAUCGCACCUGCACAGGCCAUCCUGUACUGCACGCAUCCCCAGUCGCCGAAAGAUGCGCAGUGGGUGGAGGCGCUGCAGGUGAAGCACAAGUGGCAGCUGCAUCCGCAUCAGCAGGGCGCACUGGCCAUGGCGCGGUGGGCGCAGCAGCAGCAGCAGCAGCAAGAGAGCAUCGACGGUGAUCGCCGAGGAGAG